AUGAAUCGUAAUCUUCCGCAAACUGGUGCUAUUGGAAAAGGAUCAACGUCAUCCUACGGACCAACGGUGGGUACAGUAACUAAUCAAAUUCAAUAUGGCAGUAUGAAUAUUGCACAUGGUGCGCAUCCAUCAAGUAGAAGUCAUCAAAUACCUCCGGAACGAACAUUGAAUAGUCGACCUUCAAAAUUUGAUCGGGUAGAAGUAACAUCGCCAGUUCUUCGUCGAAAUAGUGUACAACGUGCAUUAACUGAUAAUACGACGAUUCGAACACGUUUAUCAAGUCAAGAUAGAACAUCAUUAGUAUACUAUCCAUCAGCGUUUGUUAUAUCAAUUGAAUCAAAACUAAUGCAUGGUGGUUUAACAGGACUGGCAAACCUUGGAAAUACGUGUUUUAUGAAUUCUGUUCUACAAUGUUUGAGUAAUACGAAACCGUUAUUAUUGUUUUGUUUUGAUGAUAAUCUCGAAAGUUCACUAAAUUCAUCCACGACAAGUGUAAUGAAAGGUGUCUUAAUGAAAGAAUUUGCCACUUUAAUCAGACGUAUGUGGUCAUCUACCGAAAGUCGUUCAAUAGUUAGUCCAUCUCAAUUCAAAAAUCAAAUAGCAAGAUUUGCUCCACGAUUUACAGGCUAUUAUGAGCAAGAUUCACAAGAAUUUCUUCGAUAUUUAUUACAAGGACUUCACGAAGAUGUAAAUCGUGUUAAAAAAAAAUCGACACCAACCAAAAUUGAUGAAAAAGCUGAAGAACAAAUGCAUGAAAAAAAUCGUGCUAAAUUAAGUUGGGACAGAUACUUGAGUACUGACAAUAGUAUGAUAGUGGAAAUAUUUGUUGGACAGUUAAAAAGUACACUCGAAUGUUGUUAUUGUGGAUAUCAAUCUAUAACAUUUGAUCCCUUUUGGGAUCUUUCUGUUCCUUUGCCUCGGAACAAAUCAACUAGUACGUUACAACAAUGUAUUCAAUUAUUCAUGAGUAAAGAAGAAUUAGAUGGAAACGAAAAAGCAAUGUGUGCUAAAUGCAAGCAGAAGCGUCGAUGUACAAAAAAAUUUUCCAUACAAAAAUGUCCAGAAAUAUUAGUUUUACAUUUAAAACGUUUUUCACAAUCACGUGGACGAACUAAGCUGAAUACAAUGAUUGAUUUUCCCAUCACUGAUUUAAGAUUAAAUGAUUUAACAGAUGUCUUAUCCGAAAGUUAUGAGGGGCCUGCUCCAGUUUAUAGUCUUUUUGGCGUUUCAAACCAUAGUGGAACUCCUUACACAGGGCAUUAUACAGCGGCUUGUAAACACCCUUUUCAAUCCAAAUGGCAUGAAUUUAACGAUUCAAGGUAG